GCUCCCAAAAAAGUCAUUCAGGCUUUAUACGAUUAUAACCCCCAAGGCCCUGGCGAACUAAAAUUCUCAAAGGAUGAUUUCUUCUAUGUCAUUAGCAACGAAAAUGACAAAAAUUGGUACGAAGCUUUUAACCCAAUCACUAAUGUUAAAGGCAAAGUUCCAAUCAAAAAAACAACUGCUCCUACCUUAUACGGCACAGUUUUAUACAAUUUUAAAGGUGAAAAAGAAGAUGAACUAGAUGUCGAGGAAGGUGAAUAUCUUGUACUAUGUGCUCAUCAUGAAUUCGAAUGGUUUAUAGCAAAACCAAUCGAUCGUUUAGGUGGCCCGGGUUUAGUCCCAGUCUCUUAUAUCAAAAUUAUGAACAUGGUCCCUGGUAAAGAAUCAUCUCCAGAUGUUAAACAAGAAAUCUUGGUAAAUAACUUGCCAACUGUCCAAGAAUGGAAAAUCUUAAACGCCCAAUAUCAAGCUUCUUCCAUUCAACUAAACCAAGAAAUAUUCGAACAACAAUCUUACUACCAAAAUCAAUUUGGAAACCAAUUCCAGAAUCCCUACUCAAAUCAAUACCCAAACAAUGUUUACCAAAAUUCAGCAGUAUCAAUUGAAAGACUUUACCUAAUGAACGAUGAAUAUUGGUAUAAUAUAAUAUGCAAACUAUCAAAUAACAUUGUUAGAUCUCUAUGGAGAUGCUACAAAGAUUUCUUUAAUUUCCAAAAGCUACUACUACAAGCAUUUCCAACUGAAGCAGGUGAAUUUGAUACAAAAAACCGAAGCUUACCAUUCAUACCUGGCCCAGUGGUGUUUGUUUCCGAAAAUUUGGCCAGCCAAAGAUUAUACGUUUUAGAAAAAUACUUGAAUGAACUAAUCAAAUUGCCCGAUCACAUAUCAAAAUCGCACUUGGUUUUAAGUUUAUUUGAAAUAACUCAAGAAAAUGACAAAGAAUAUACAACUGAACAAUUUAUACAAUUAUAUUCAUCAAACUCAACUUCAAAUCGAUCCUCAGAUUCGAAAAAAUCAAUUUCAACCAGUGCAACAAGUCAAAAUAAUGAUAAUGAAAAUAAUCCUCAUAAUAAUAACAAUAAUGAGAAUGACAUAAUUGGAUCCUCAGUUAAACAAACAAAAAUUAAAUGUUAUUUUGAAGAUGAUAUUUUUGCAUUAUUAAUUCCACUCAAUAUAAGCUUCUUAGAUUUGAAAAUAAAAAUCUCGAAAAGAGUUGAUUACGAUGUUGAA